GCGGGGGUCCUAGUAGCAGGUCCGGCGUGAUGUAUUUCCCUUUUCGCAUGCCUUUCGGAUUGAAUGUGGAUUGGAGUGAUCAUUUGAGGCACAUAUAAUCCUUGAUUCCAAUUUAAACAUGUUUAAAAUUGAGGGACUUGGGCCAAAGAUGGACCCGGAGGAGAUGAAGAAAAAAAUGCGCGAGGAUGUCAUCAUGUCUGUGCGGAACUUUUUGAUUUAUGUAGCGCUUCUGCGAGUCGCACCCUAUGUUUUGAAGAAGCUGGACAGCAUAUGAGACUUCACCAUGAACAGAAACGUUCCCUGCCAGAUGAGCACAGAGGACUCUGCUGCACAGUCACUUACCACAGCAGUUAAUAAAGAGAUGAUGUAACUUUGUAUCAUUUAUUUUAUUUAAUUUUUUACUGGAUGCAAUUGAAUGUACUUGAUUUGUUCUCAGUUGAAAACUAUGGCAAAUAAGAUACGUCUACCAGAAUGUUGUCAUGUUCACAAUGGUUCAAGCAAUAAAUCUUUCAUCAGUUAUUCCCAUUGAGAGAGUUGUUGUGACUUAAACUUGGAUUGGAUUUAUAACAUUUACUUAAAAUCCCAGUAGUUCCCAUGUAUACAUUUGGAUUCAUUAUAAUGUUUUAAGAGGGUAAAAGCUAAACAUGAUACAGACAGUUUAUUUAAUGACUAUGACAUUUCACGUUAGAUUCAAAUCCUGAUGUUUAGAAAAUGUGGUUCAACUUACAAAUUAAAUACCUAUUACAUUCAUUCUACUUCAGCUUUGAGUGUAAAAGGACACUUGAGUGUUGACGUCGAUUGUGCAAUAUCACAGUAGAACAAAUAUGCGUGUUUAGCAUAUCAAAUUAUGUCAUCUUGUUCCAGUCAUAAUAAAGAUUAUCCAUGUGAGAUGAUUUUAA